AAAGCCCCAAUUACAAAUAUAAAAGGCCAAAAACCCUAGUUUUCAUUUCCUCUCUUGCUAUAGCUUCAGCCGAUACCGCAUCAGAUCAUCACUUUCCUACUGCGAAACCAUGGGCAUCGAUUUGAAGGCAGGAGGCAAAAGCAAGAAGACCAAGCGCACUGCGCCUAAAUCUAACGAUGUUUACCUCAAGCUCCUUGUUAAGCUUUACCGAUUUUUGGUUAGAAGAACUGGUAGCGAUUUCAAUGCUGUUGUUUUGAAGAGGCUUUUUAUGAGCAAGACUAACAAAGCCCCACUUUCUCUCUCUAGGCUUGUUAAGUAUAUGGCCGGAAAGGAUGGCAAAAUUGCUGUUUUGGUGGGAACUAUUACUGAUGAUAUUAGGGUGUAUGAAGUGCCUGCCAUCAAGGUUUGUGCUCUGAGGUUUACUGAAACCGCUAGGGCUCGUAUCGAGAAGGCCGGUGGCGAGUGCCUUACUUUUGAUCAGUUGGCUCUAAGAGCUCCUCUUGGCCAGAACACGGUUCUGCUAAGGGGUCCUAAGAAUGCUAGAGAGGCUGUCAAGCACUUUGGCAAGGCUCCUGGUGUUCCCCACAGUCACACCAAGCCUUAUGUGCGAUCUACUGGCCGUAAAUUCGAGAAGGCCAGAGGUAGACGUAACAGCCGUGGUUACAGGAAUUAAGUCAAAUAUCAAGAUAGAAGAGUUUGUUGGUUUCUAUUGUCAAAGACUUUGUCAAUCCAUGUGUUACAAUUUGGGUUUGAGCUUCAUUUUUCCUUUUUAUGUUGGGUUAGCAAAGCAAAUUAUUAGUUAUAGCAGAUUUUGCCCUGACGUUAAUGUUGUUAUCAUCAGUUUUGAAGGUAAAUUUUGUUGAAGAGAUUGCCUUAACUUUUGCCUGCUUUUUGCUCAAGUGUUGCCUAGGGGAUGUUUUUGACUUGAAUGUUACUCCGUAUGUUUUAA